CUGUCUGAACAGUGCAGACUGGCCCUUUGCUGAUCACAUGCACCUUCCCCCCCAAAAAAAAAACCUCUCAAGCAAUACACACCAAACAGAGCAUGUGCAGACUUGCCACUACUACUCUGUACUAUGGCAGAUGGAUUGGGGACUGUGAAAGAAGCGGAGGAUCAAAGAAGACAGGAUCAAACAGUCUUUUUACACAAUGCAGAGGAUUAACCCCUUAUGUUCCACAGUGAGUAUAACAAGCAUGCUUUACUGCAUAUACAGACUGAUGUUACUGUUGUGGGUUUAG